AGCCACAUCGUCAGGAGAAGCAAUUCGCGAGCAAAUGGAAGUUCAUGGGAGGCGAAGAAAACGAAGUCGCGCCGACAUGCGGCCGCAAGGGCGGUGUCGGCGUCCCCCCUGACGCUCCCGGGCGGACAGCGCGGCCCCACGUGUGCGGAGCGGCCUCAUGGCCAAAGCUCGCGACGAGGACUCCAAGAAAGUAGUAUCUGAGCCCAACAUGACGUACGUCCAGGAGAACGCCGAGCUGCGGGCGCUCAUCGACACGGUGACCAUGUCACGACCCCCGGAAGGCGACACCACCCGCAUGCUGCUCGGCCAGUACGAGACUGCCUUCCCAGAAUUCAAGCGUUCUCUGCAGAGACUUCCUUCGACCCUGAGGCGGACGCCAGGAGAUCGCUCCCUGGACCUGGACGACGUAAACGAAGUGAAGAUUGGCAUCGAGAAGCGACUCGAAGAAGAAACCAUUGACAACGAGCAUGUCUUCACGCGGAAAAUUGACGGCGAGCAACGGAAACGCAUUGCCGAGAGUCAGUGCAAAAAAUCCUCCUUCCAGGACAACUCGAGCGUGCCGGGAACGGGUGCGCCGUCGCUGCCACCACUGCACUUGGGCUCGCUUCGGCGCGUCAAGAUGACCAAGAAGCGCACCAUCCAGGGCAAGACCACCAUCAACCGGACCACGACGCGCAAAGAAGAAGAGCGCAGCAUGACGUCGCCCACGGGGGAGACCGACUGCCGCCGGAAUGUGGACGAGUCGAGCACCACGGCCGAGAACGCCGAGACACACGAAGAGGAGCUCGUCGAGACGUACGACGAUGAUGACGCCCCGCUGUAGCGGACUGAGCACGCCGGUUUAAGAUUUAAUCUGAAUAACGCGAAGCACGGGAGCGGUCGAGCACUCGUCUGAAACGCUCACGAUGGGGGAAACGGGGGAGGGGGAGUCAGCGGCGCGACUUCUCCAAUUUCAUUCAGUGCAUUGUAACCACAUACUAAAAUGUUAUAUAUGUAUAUAAACGGGAUGAGUACUUGAUGUUUACGUUCAUGCCGCA